UGCGUCCAAAACCCCUCUCCCCGACCUGAGAUCUAUCGGCGAUGGCGCCCGCUCCCGUGCUCCUCCCCACGCCAGAUCCGAGCGCUACGCCAGAUCCCGACGCAGCGCCCCAGGCCCCGGCGGCGGCCGCGGCGGUCCCGCUCACCCCCGAGCACUGCACCGCGCCCAGCCGGCUGGCCGCCAGGUCCGACGCCGAUGCCGGCGCGCCGACGAUCCCUCUCACACCCGAGCUCAUCGCCUUGCUGCGCGGCGAGCUCGAGCCCUCCCCCGAGGACCACUCCGACUUCGCCCUCCGCCUGAGAUUUACCCAGCAGCGCCUUGACGCCAUCUCCCCCAGCCUCCCCUCCGCCACGCCCCCGCCGGCGCCACCGCAACGCCCACAGUCUCCCCUUCCCCCGCCGACGUCUCACGUGCCACCGCCCCCUCCUCCGCCCCGCGCGCAUGCCGACCCAUUGCGGGCCUCGUCCUCGGCCGCCAGCCUCCCCUCCGCCAUGCCACCUCCGCUACGCCCACCGUCUCCCCCGCCGACACGCCCAAACUCUCCCCUGCCCCCGCCGCCGCCACGGGCGCCGUCUCCCCCUCCACCCAGCGCGCAUGCCAACCCGGCGAUGGAGAUGGUGCAACUGCGGGUUAUAUCCGCGCAGGAGGACACGCUCCACUAUCGACCGCUGGUGCGCCGCGCGCGACUCGCCUUCGAGGCGCUCUGGGGCCGCUACCACCGCAACGCCGAGAACAACCCUGUCCCCGGCAGCCGCAACCGGGCCGACUUGCGGGCCCUCGGCGCCAUGAUCAAAGGGAGGCUCUGCCUCAACCGCGAUAAGCGCAUCGUAGGGCCCGUGCCGGGCGUCUUCGUCGGCGACGCCUUCAACUACCGCGCUGAGCUCCUCGUCGUCGGCCUGCACAACCAAACGCAGGCCGACAUCGGCUACGUGCCCGCCAGCAAGCUCGACGGGGGCCACCCCGUCGCCACCAGCAUCGUAUCCUCGGGCAGGUACCUCGACGACCACGACAACGGGGGCGUCUUGAUCUACACGGGAAGCGGCGGCAGCCCGCCGAACGGCGGCAACCUCGCCCUCACAUAUAGCUGCAACUAUGGCAUCGAGGUGCGCGUCAUCCGCUGCCACGACUGCCACGCCAGCCCCAGCGGCAAGCUCUACGUCUACGACGGCCUCUACAAGGUCUUCUCCACAUCCGAGGUCUGCAAGUUCAAGCUCGUGCGUGUGCCCGGCCAGGAAGCGCUCGGCAGCAACACCUGGCGCUCCGCCAGAGACCUCAUCAACCAGCUCGACGCCAAGAUCCAGCCUCCCGACUACAUCACGCUGGACAUGUCCAAGGGCAAGGAAGCGGUUCCCGUCCCCGUCCGCAACUCGGUUGACCAUGACGUCUUUCCCCUCCAGUUCGAGUACCUCGCACGCCCCGAGUUCCCGGCGCCGCCGGCGAUGCCCGGCCACAAGUGCUGCACCUGCAUCAAUGCCAAGACUGCGUGCAGCGAGACGGCCGGCUGCGCCUGCGUGAAGAGGAGCGGCGGAGGCGGCCCAGCGUACAAUGCUGACGGCAUGCUCUUGAGGGGACGGCCGGUGGUGUACGAGUGCGGCGCGUCGUGCGGGUGCCCGGCGAGCUGCCCCAACCGGGUGACUCAGCGGGGGACGAGGCACCGGCUGGAGGUGUUCCGGUCCACGGAGACGGAUUGGGGCGUGAGGACGCUCGACCUGAUCCAGCCGGGCGCAUUCCUCUGCGAGUUCGCCGGGGACGUGCUCCUCGCGGAUGACCCCCGCAUUGCCAACGCGAACGCCAAUGCCAAUACCGGCGCGUCAACGGAGGAGUGGGCCUGCUUCAUCGACCCGAGGAAGUUUCCGACGAGGUGGAUGGAGUGGGGGUACGCCCCCGCGGCCGUGCUUCCAGCCGACGGCGAGGAACCGCCCCGUUUCGUGCAGUGCCCGGCGCCGGGGUACGUGCUCGACAUAUCCAAGAGGAAAAACAUCGCGGCCUACAUCAGCCACAGCAGCUUCGUGCCAAACGCCUUCGUCCAGCUCGUGGUCCGUGGUGACGAGGACGAGUCGUGCCCCCACCUGAUGGUCUUCGCCAUGGAGAUCAUCCCGCCGAUGAGCGAGCUGAGCAUCGACUACGGCCUCGAUCAGUGAUCGAUCGGCAACGUUUCCUGUAUGUUUACCUUCAUUUCCAGUUGCCAUGAACCAUAUUCUGUCAUUGUUAUCGAUUGUAUCAUUGGAUGGACGCAAUGCAAUACA